CGAUAGGAGAGACCUAGGGGGAAGUCGUGUGUACAUCCUUGUACCUGCGUUAUGGAAAUGAGCCCGAAGCGACUGAAGUGGCUCUUGCCUCUGUGGUUGUUACUCGGUUGGUUCAGUGGGGUCCACCUGAGGAGCCCGAGUUGCCAUGAAGUGCGGACCGCUUUCCAACUCCGACAGAUCGGACCACUGAACUUCGUGCCGGACUUUCCCGGGAGAGAUGAGGAGUUACAGAUCUGCAUGCAUGAUGGGCCGACCUGUUGCACUAAGAGAAUGGAGGAGAAAUAUCAAGUAGUGGUUCGCAGAGAGGUCCUGCAGAGCAUCCACUUCCUGAGCUAUGAGCUGAAAUACAGGAUCGAGAAGAAUGGCGAGGCUUUCCAAGAGGCUUUUACAUCCUUGAUUCACAUUGCAAGCAAUCACACCAACUCCAUGUUCAAGACAGGGUACAGGACAAUGGCAAAGGAGGCUACGGAAGUGGUGAAAGGGCUGUUUACUGACAUAUCCCUCUAUGUCCUGGAUUUGAGCUGGAGCUUUGAGGACAUCGUCCUGAGUUUCUUUGACAGCCUUUUCCCAUUGGUUUACAAUCGGCUGAUACACCCUGGGCUCAAUGAGGUUUCCCUGGAUUAUUUAGAGUGCCUACGAUUGGCCAGGCAGGAUAUCAACCCCUUUGGGACUUACCCAAUGAAGAUGGUAGCUGAGGUGGCCAGGCCACUGCAGGCAAUGAAAACUCUCCUGCAAGUCUUGAACAUAGGCAGCGAGGUGAUAAAUAUGACCAAGAAUGUCGUUUUCACCCGAGAGUGUAUCAGAGCCCUGGUGAAGAUGGAAUAUUGCUCUCACUGUCAUGGCCUUACUCUGAUCAAACCCUGUGUCGCAUACUGUCUGAAUGUAAUGCGGGGAUGUCUGGCUAAUGUUGCAGACAUUGACCCACAUUGGCGGGGCUAUAUUUCAAACCUGGACGAGCUCACCAGUAUCAUUACAGGACCACGAGGUGUGGAACAGGCAUUGCUAAGAGUGGCGCCAUUGGUUAAUGAAGCUAUUUUGCACGCCCAGCUGAAUGGACCAGAAAUCUCCACUACAGUGAGUAAGGUUUGUGACCAGCCUCAAGAGAGAGUAAUAACUACUUUGCUGGACAGCACAGUACGGACCCCAGCCACACCCAGCUUCAAACCCCAGGCUGUGACCCAGUUCGCCAACUUGACCCAGAGAAGGAGCUCCCUGCCUCUGAAAGAAGUAAAGACUGAUAGGCCUAGGACAAUGAAAAAGAACACUCGGGACUUCAUGAACUACAUCCGACGGUUCAGAACUUUCUAUGCUUCUCUGGCGGAGCAGAUAUGCGAAGGUGAACUCCUGCCUCAAGAUAGCUCAACCUGCUGGAGUGGAGAAAAUGUCGUUGAAAGUUACACAAACAGAGUGGUUGGGAAUGGACUAAAAGAACAGGCAAACAACCCAGAAGUGAAAGUCCGAGGACCUGACUCUAUGGUGAAGAAAGUCAUUGACAAGCUCUUAUAUGUUGAUAAGAUGCUGCAUGGCAAAGGAAGUAAGCAGUCAGAGCAGUGGCCCUCGAGAGAAGCUGGCAGCGGUGUUGGCAGUGAUGAGGACAUGGAAUCAAGUGGAGAGUGUGAUGAUGAAGAUGGAUGCACGGGAUCUGGAAGUGGAGAAGUGGGUCAUAAGAAGAAGACGCAUGCACCAGAAGACCGGUGGGCGAAGAACAACAUUUUCCCAGCGGUGGCCCCCACUCUGAAGGGAGCAAAGGUGGCCUCCACGAGCUCCACCUCCGACACCGGGAGCAAGCCAGGAGCAGCGCCCAAUCACUGCAGCCUGUCCUCCGUUGCCACGGUCACAAUACUGGGGCUGCUGUGUCAUUGGUUGUUAUAGUUGUGAUGCAUUGUGGGUGCCCUUGCCCGCUGUUAUUUAUCCUGUACUACAACUGUCACACAGCUUUUUUCUUUGUUGGAGGCCAAGUGAUGCUUUAGGGUCUGUGUUCUUGUAAUAUAGAUGAGAGCUGCAAUAUACUAUAGCAAACUAUUAUUCUAGAAGGGUUUUGUUUAAACAAAAUGAAUCAUGUGAAAAAAUGUACAUAGUUUGUAAAAAAAAAAGGCAGUGGAUUUAGAGGUAAUGGAACUGCCCAAGAUACAAAUAGUCUAUCCCUUUCAGCAUGAGUUCUGUGUACAGAUGUCCUUUCCCCUUGGAUUCAUUUCUAAGUAACUUCAGUGUGCUUCUUACACUGAGGCAUAAUAUAACUUGUUGUUUUGCAGCUUGCUCCUUUAAUUGUCUUACCCUUAUCAAUUUGACUGCCUUGGUGAGCAGAUGUGUUUCAUAGGCCAGGGAAGCCCCAGCUUUGAUCCCCAGAUGGGAUAGCCAUUUGGGGUAUCAUUACUGAUCUCAUUACUUCUGGGCCUAGGAAGGGAUGGGGGAAAUCAGCCAGGGUCUCCUAACAGUGACUGCCGCUGGAAAAUGUAUGUGUGUGUACUGGCCACAAGGGCGAGCAGAUCCAGCGAUAACUGUGACAAUUGAGCUCAAUUAAUCUUGAUUUUAUCAGAGGGGCCCCCGAACCC